AGUUGCUUCUUGAAUGAAAUAUGCACAGCGGGAAGGCUCGGAAACGUUUAGUAGAUUGGAACGAUGACAUGGAUUUACACGAGGGCCGUUAUUAUGCGGCCACCAUAUGACGAUGAUAUUCCAUUUCGUUGCAAAAUCCUACAGACUCUAUGCAGCAGGGAGAAACUUGAUAUUUCGAGCAACCCCGUAAAAUCUUCUACUUUAUAUUCCUCUGGAAGUCUCUUUCUAUCCAACUUGCUGGGAAUCGAAGCGCGAACGACGUUGGCGGAGAAUAUGGGUAUGAGGAAAAUUGUUAUCGACUGCCUCCAUAUGGUGCCGAAAGUUUCUUUCGAAACGGCACUUGAUCAAAGGGUGUGAAUUACGAGAUUUGUAUUGCUUCACCGACCAGAUGAAAUACGACGAAACGAAAGGUCAUUUCUGUGGCUGAAAGAUUUCUCCGAAAAUACAUUUUUAUUAAAAAUAUAGGAUAUGAAAUCGCGAUGAAAGCAAUACAGGUGUCAAGCGAUAAGUGAAUUUCGUAAAACAGUGACCCAUAAAAGUCUUCUGCGAAUUUGCUAAAUUUCCCAAGUUUGUAACAUGCUGGCUUGACAAAAGUGCGUGCCAGAUGAAAUACGUGACAUCAGCACCUUUGUCCAUUAAUUUAUGUGUCUUUAAAGGCCGUUGCGCAGAUUCGAUCGAACUGUUGAACGAUCAACGGUAAAGUACAACAAUGGGGCAAUUAACGAUGUUUUUAAUGGCUAUUUUCCUAGUCCAAUAUGCGCUGGCUGACAUUAUGAUACAACCUGGAUACGAAAAUCCACAGUCUAUACAGAAAUCAAAUUUGGAGGAAGAAUAUCAGCCCAUAACUCAACAUCCUGAAACUCUUCCAAAUUCAGAAGACAAAGGCCAUGAAUCACAUCCUCAAUCACACAAUCCACACCAAUUAGUAUCACAACAGGGAUACACGGAUCCAGGGUAUCAUUUGGAACUUUAUCCAGUGUAUUCGGAUUCAUACCAUCUUCCUGCUCAAGCAUUGUCGCCGAUGUUUCAACAUGUAAUAUUGCCACCUAUGUCAAGGGCUGCUUACAGACGACUGUUGUCCGAUAUGAAUAUCUACGGAUCAGCAGGAAUUCCCGGGGCAGUUCUACCCUAUUAUCAAUAUCCUCCUACAGCAGCACACAAUCGAUACAGAAGAUCUAAUCCAAGCGAAGAACCCGAUGGAAUACAAAGGGGCGAACACGAUGAUGUGGCCACGAAGUCGCCCUUAGAUGAUUCGUUAUCGGUCGUUGAUUUGCAAGAUCAAGAGAAGAAGCGCGUGAAUACUCGUCAAAGUGUUUCGCUGUUGGGCUUGAAGCCAUCGAACAUGUAUCCUGUGCAGCAACAAUACCGUUCUCUGGGAUUGAAUCCCCAUCAACAAAUACCUGCCGAAGUAAAGCAAGAAAUGCCACAAGAUCCAACUGCUGUUCCUAUAAAAACCACGACUUCUUUAUUAGCCAACAAAGAUCUUCAUCACGCAUUUUUAUUGCAACAAACUUCCCCCCAAAAACAGCAACAAUCGUCGCCAGUUGAUAACGUGGGAAGUCAGCACGAAUCUAGAACUUCCACGGGAACAGCUGUUCAUCAUAAGGAAAUAGUGAGCACGAAGCUGGGAGAUACCUACAAAAUAAAGCUGCACCAGCACGUGCAUCACCACGGGAAAUUCAAGGAUAAUGCGCCAAAAGAAAGUUAUAGCAUCACGAUUCCUACUAACGUGCACCACGACGUUGAACCAUCGAAUAAUUUAACACCGAUACAGCCCGCUGCAGAACAAGUCGUGCAAGUUUAUAGUAAUCCAACUGACCUGGGGACAAAUUAUUUGCCAAGCACUCAGUACACCGUUGCACCUCAAUCUUAUCCUGUUAACGAUUUCGGUAAUUAUAUAAGUAAUUAUGUUUGGUCAUGCCCAUAUUCGUCCCUCUAUUCGCCAUACAGAAUUUGUUUCGAUACCAAUGAUAUACAACCUGUCGUAUAUCAGUUAGCUUAAAUGAAUCUCGAUUUUGCAAAUCAAACGACCACGCAAUUUAACUACAUAGUUGUACUUUUUAGAUUUUG